UUCAUUGUCGUGGAGCGAAUACAGAUAUUUUGUAGUAUAUUUAUGAUACAAAUUUUCAUACAACAGUGAUACGUUGCGAAAUGUAUCGACAGCACUAAAACUUUAUAUAUAUAUAUAACAUGAAUUAAUAAUAGAUUUUUAGUACUUUUAUAAAUUUCUGAAUGCAUCAGAUUUAUAUUGGCGACCAUGUUGGCGCCAUAAUUUUACGAUUAUUUCUUCGAUACCAGCGAUCGACCAAACAAUUCACUCACCUAACGUCAGUUUGCGACAGUUUCCAAUACCUCUCGUACUUACAAAAAUAAGGGCUUAGUAUUACAAAUUUGUAGACGAUAAAUUUCUUAUUUUUCUAUCGAGAUGUCCCUGUACAAAGCAAGAAGAAGUUCUUUACGUCAAUCGCUCGCAUUUAAAAUAAUACCGAGGAAGACUCUGAUUAGCCCCGAUAAAUUAAAAGGUCGUUAUUUAUUUCGGUCGGCCGUGCGGCGCGUUUUGGAAUAUAUGGAAUGGAUAACGGAGAAACCGAUAGUCGAGGAAAUUAGCGACGAUGUGACGAUUAAUAUUAGAAUGACUCAAGAGAGAAAAGUAGAAAAGAAGUUGCUUACAUUAAAGGAUCGAUCGAUAUUGUUAGUGAAACCGAUUGAAAGAUCUUCCGAGGACAAAGCAUACAUAUACGAUCUUAUCACGAAGUUUCGCGGAUUCAUGAAGCAUCCGGAGCAGUUGAGAAAAAAUCUGGCAGCUGUGUGCUUUUAUCAAUACUUAUCGGCUGGGCGGGGGAUUGUUCGUCAAGGUCGUAAAGCGGAAAAUCUUUAUUUUAUUAUGAAUGGCGAGGUCAGUCUGUCAAAGGUAGCGAUUGACGAAUUAACAGGAGAGGAAAAAGUUGUAGAUAUGGGGACCAUGCAGCCAGGCGAUAUGUUUGGCGAAAUUGCGUUAUUGCACAGGAUACCCAGAACGGCAACGAUAGUCACUAACACGCCGGUCGAUUUGCUUCUGAUUUCUCAGAAUGAUUUUGAUAAUGUCUUGCGCGGUAGUUUGACAAAGAAGUGGGAUGUUCUCCGUGAUGCGUUAGUUCAUUUCAAUUAUUUCAAAUUAUGGGACGAAGAGACGGUACGAGAGUGUUGUAUUUUGAGCAAAUUGAAAGACUUUAAGCCUAAUGAGGUUUUGUUAGGUGAUGGAAGAGGCAUGGUGAAUUACGUGUAUUUUAUUUUAAAUGGUAAAUGUCGCCUUAUUGAGCAUAUGCUCGUUCGCGAGCGUCCUUAUGAUGGAAUGCAAUAUCAAUUGUACGAUUCCGAAACUUAUGGGCCACAAAAACAACCAGGAAGAGCAUCGAGAAAGAUUGUGAAAUCUGACAUGCUUGAAUCGAAUCAACUUGACAAAUCCAUUUCAAAAUCUGUUGAGCCAGAAGACGAGGUUGAUCGAGUAAGCAUCGUUACCACCACACUUUUCGAUGUCGUUAAAGGGUGGCACGAAAUUACUGAUAUUGCGGCGAUAUUAAUGCGAGAACCGUCUGUUACGUCUGAAUUAAAUUAUCCGAGUGAUGUUCGCACCAUAUUCAUGCAAAUAUGCACUUUCUCCCGGGGUGCGUGUUUCGGUAUAGGAGAGAAAAUGCUUCAUCGGAGAAUUGUAGCGAUUACGCCAGUACGAUGUUUUCUUGUCCCGCGAUAUUGGUUGCUCGAGCACAACCGCGCCAAUAUCUGGGGACGUGUGAAACUGUUCAUGGACUUAAAAUAUCCAACUAGGAAACAGUUAUUUGAAAAGUUUCUCCUAAAUCGAAAAUGGAUGACGUACAAGCAGAAUUUAGUUAAAGAUGUUAUUAAUCGACGUGGUCAUUUUCGUAGUAAUACAACGAUACACGACGUACCGUAUUCCAUCAGAAUCACUGACGAAAUAGAUCCAAAAUUAUAAUUACUUCUCGCGUCGCGUUUCUAUUAAUCCAAUUAUUUUAAAUAAUAAAACUAAUAUAGUAUAAUAUAUUAGGAGACAUAUAUUUAUUUUAGAGAGAAAUAAAGUUUUGAUGUAGUAUUCAUAUAUAUAAUGUUUUAUGUAUAUUUCGUGUUGCAUUUUGUACGCAAGCAUUUAAUAUAAAUUGAUUGAUUACAAAAA